CCGGCCGCGCGGCCCGCCGGGGCCAUGGCGAAGAAGAGCGCCGAGAACGGCAUCUACAGCGUGUCCGGCGACGAGAAGAAGGGCCCCCUGAUCGCGCCCGGGCCCGACGGGGCCCCGGCCAAGGGCGACGGCCCCGCCGGCCUGGGGGCGCCCGGCGGCCGCCUGGCCGUGCCGCCGCGGGAGACCUGGACGCGCCAGAUGGACUUCAUCAUGUCGUGCGUGGGCUUCGCCGUGGGCCUGGGCAACGUGUGGCGCUUCCCCUACCUGUGCUACAAGAACGGCGGAGGUGUAUUCCUUAUCCCUUAUGUCCUGAUCGCCCUAGUUGGAGGAAUCCCCAUUUUCUUCUUGGAGAUCUCACUGGGCCAGUUCAUGAAGGCCGGCAGCAUCAACGUCUGGAACAUCUGUCCCCUGUUCAAAGGCCUGGGCUACGCCUCCAUGGUGAUCGUCUUCUACUGCAACACCUACUACAUCAUGGUGCUGGCCUGGGGCUUCUAUUACCUGGUGAAGUCCUUCACCACCACGCUGCCCUGGGCCACAUGUGGCCAUACCUGGAACACUCCCGACUGUGUGGAGAUCUUCCGCCAUGAAGACUGUGCCAAUGCCAGCCUGGCCAACCUCACAUGUGACCAGCUUGCUGACCGCCGGUCCCCUGUCAUCGAGUUCUGGGAGAACAAAGUCUUGCGGCUCUCCGGGGGCCUGGAGGUGCCAGGGGCCCUCAACUGGGAGGUGACCCUGUGUCUGCUGGCCUGCUGGGUGCUGGUCUACUUCUGUGUCUGGAAGGGGGUCAAGUCGACGGGAAAGAUCGUGUACUUCACCGCUACCUUCCCCUACGUGGUCCUCGUCGUGUUGCUGGUGCGCGGAGUGCUGCUGCCCGGCGCCCUGGAUGGCAUCAUCUACUAUCUCAAGCCCGACUGGUCCAAGCUGGGGUCCCCGCAGGUGUGGAUCGACGCCGGGACCCAGAUCUUCUUUUCCUACGCCAUCGGCCUGGGGGCCCUCACGGCGCUGGGCAGCUACAACCGCUUCAACAACAACUGCUACAAGGACGCCAUCAUCCUGGCACUCAUCAACAGCGGGACGAGCUUUUUUGCUGGCUUUGUGGUCUUCUCCAUCCUGGGCUUCAUGGCCACGGAGCAGGGUGUGCACAUCUCCAAGGUGGCCGAGUCAGGGCCCGGCCUGGCCUUCAUCGCCUACCCCCGGGCCGUCACGCUGAUGCCCGUGGCCCCGCUCUGGGCUGCCCUGUUUUUCUUCAUGCUGCUGCUGCUCGGCCUGGACAGCCAGUUUGUAGGUGUGGAAGGCUUCAUCACCGGCCUGCUCGACCUCCUCCCGGCCUCCUACUACUUCCGUUUCCAAAGGGAGAUCUCUGUGGCCCUGUGCUGUGCCCUCUGCUUUGUCAUCGACCUCUCCAUGGUGACUGAUGGCGGGAUGUACGUCUUCCAGCUGUUCGACUACUACUCGGCCAGCGGCACGACCCUGCUCUGGCAGGCCUUCUGGGAGUGCGUGGUGGUCGCCUGGGUGUACGGAGCCGACCGCUUCAUGGACGACGUCGCCUGCAUGAUCGGCUACCGACCCUGCCCCUGGAUGAAAUGGUGCUGGUCCUUCUUCACCCCGCUGGUCUGCAUGGGCAUCUUCAUCUUCAACGUGGUGUACUACAAGCCGCUGGUCUACAACAACACCUACGUGUACCCGUGGUGGGGCGAGGCCGUGGGCUGGGGCUUCGCGCUCUCCUCCAUGCUGUGUGUGCCCCUCCACCUCCUGGGCUGCCUCCUCAGGGCCAAGGGGACCAUGGCCGAGCGCUGGCAGCACCUGACGCAGCCGGUGUGGGGCCUCCACCACUUGGAGUAUAGAGCUCAGGACUCCGACGUCAGGGGCCUGACCACCCUGACCCCAGUGUCCGAGAGCAGCAAGGUGGUGGUGGUAGAGAGCGUCAUGUGACGGGCACCCGGGCUCCCAUCACCAGCUCACCCUCUUGUAGCCAUAGCAGCCCCUGCUUUAGCCCCCCCACCCCUCCAGGGGGCUUGCCUUUCCCUGACACUUGGGGUCUGCCUGGGGAGGGGGGGAGGAAGCACCACGAGUGCUAACUAAAAUAACUUUUUUUUCCAUUUUUAAUAAAACGCCAAAAAUAUCACAACCCACCAAAAAUAGAUGCCUCCCCACCCCACCCCCCAACCAAGCUGGUACACACGCUGCUUCCCAGGCCCUGCCGACCGCCGGCCCCCUCGUGCCCGCUGCAGAUGUGUCUCCCCAGCCCCACCACGCCUGCCUCUGGGGGGGGGGCCCACCCUGGAGGCAGCAGUGGCGGGAGGGGGGGGACACAGGGCAGGGAGGCGGGGGAGGGGCAGCAGAACCAGAACCAAGGCCACUGUUUCAGCUGGGCUAGACCCCUCUCCCCGUCCCUCUUCUAGAAGCUUAGAGAGCCAGCCAGCAACGGAACCUCCCGGUUCCCGCGCCAAUUGCCACCAAUAUCAAUUGUGUGAGCUUGUGUACGAGUGCAUGUGUGCGUGAGUAUGUAGGUAGGGUGAACCUAGAUCUCUCUUAGCAAAGGUGAAUACCAGGUGUAAACUGUGCCUGUGGGCAAAUGAGGCUUGUAUUUUGCACAUUUUAUAAAAACUUGAGGAAAGAGAUUUCUGCUUGUAUAUUUCUAAAGAGAAAACAGCCCCUCCUCCCCCCUGCCACUCCCCACCCGUCCCUUUCAGCGUCCCCUUAGUCCCCUGCCCCAGCCAAGGAGUGUGAAUUUAUAGAUCUAAUUUUCAUAGGCAAAAGCUUCAAGCCGUGGAGCGUGCGAGUCUGUCGCGUGGGUGUGCAUGUGUCGUCCCCGGCCCCAGACUGGGGGGGAGAGUGCACGGCGGGCGGCCUCCGGGGACACCCCCCACGCCCCCGCUGCCCACAGGUAGAUGCGGUGCCGGGACCCCGGGGCCGCUCGCCUGGCACGUGCGCCCUGCCCCCGGGGCCGGGCACGACCGCAGGGAUCUGAGGUGGGCACCAGCCGGGGAAGGGAUCCCGGGCCGGGCUCCCACCUGCGAGCUUAAAGCUGAUGCGCUUCCCACGUCUCGAGUCUUCCAUGUAGCAGCUUUAAUUAACCCACGUGUGUGUCACGUCCGAUCCCGAGACAGCCGAGUGGACCCUAGAAAGGCUUCCCCCAUGCCACCCCGACGUCGGUCGGAGGGGUGGGACCGGGUGAGGGUGGGGGUCCGGCGGGGACAUUCUUACUGUGCUAAAAAGCCACUGCAAACAUAGCAAUAAAAACCUGUCAUUUUCCAAA